GGGACCAAUGCAAAGUAACCUCAAUUUGAAAAUUCAAAACAAUUCUUUUAACCAAAAUGUCAAAAUUUCCAGUUAAAUAAUGCUUUAAACUAAGUAGAAUUGCUUCCGAUAGUCACCAGCAUGCUUUCCAGAUACAAAUACAAAGCCCAGACGUCUAAACCUAUAAGGAAAAGCUUUCAGAGGGCUCUGUCGGCUCUCUCAGAGCAACGAAUCUCCCCCGGGGAUCCAGUCACUCCGCCCCCCAACCACGCCAGAGUGGUGAUAUGUGGGGGUGGCAUUAUGGGGGCCUCCGUGGCCUACCACCUGGGAAAACUCGGUUGGGGCUCCGACACGGUUCUGAUUGAGCAAAACCGGGUUGGAGGUGGGACCACUUGGAAUUCUUCUGGUCUAAUUGGAGUGUUCAAACCCACCCUGUCUCAAGUGAGCCUGACGAAGUCCAGUGUGGCUUUAUACGAGCAGCUCAAGGCUGCAGGACUGGCCACGGGAUGGAAGCAAUGUGGCAGCUUGAAUUUGGCCAGGACUCGCGAUCGGUUGGUUAACUUCAGGAAAAUGAAGGCGCAGUCCAUAGCGUGGAAAAUUGACUGCGAAAUCCUCACUCCCGACCAGUGCCAGGCCAAAUGCCCCUUGUUGAAUGUGGACGAUCUGUAUGGAGGUCUGUGGAUACCGGGGGAUGGAGUUGGCGACCCAUACGAAACGUGCAUUUCACUGAUGGAUGAGGCUAUGAAAAUGGGAGUGAAGGUGAUUGAAAACUGUUCGCUGAAGAAAGUGGUACAGGAAAGCGGAAAAGUGGCCGCCGUCGACACAACAUUGGGCCCGGUUAACUGCGAGUUUUUCGUCAAUUGCGCCGGCUUUUGGGCGAGAGGGAUCGGCCAGCUGUCGGAGCCCUAUGUCAAAGUGCCCUUACAUGCGGUGGAACAUUAUUACUUACACACCAAACCGGUGCCUGGACUAGACCCCAUGACUCCAGUGGUGCGGGAUCAGGAUGGGCACGUCUAUUUUCGGGAGAACAACGGUCGCCUGUUGGCUGGAGGAUUUGAACCUGUCGCCAAACCAGCUUUUGAGGACGGCAAAAUACCAACCAGUCCAAAGGAGCGGCAACUUCCCGAGGACUGGGACCACUUCCAUGUGCUUCUCGAGCAACUUCUCCAUCGGGUGCCCAGCUUGGGCAAUGCCGUGUUGGACCGGCUGUGCAACGGGCCCGAAGCCUUCAGCCCCGAUUGUAAAUGGAUCGUCGGCGAAGCUCCUGAGAUUCGCAACUACCUGGUUGCGGCUGGGAUGAAAACGGUCGGCAUAUCAGCGGCCGGUGGCGUGGGCAAAGCGACCGCCGAACUUAUUGUUGACGGAGAGACCGGCUACGACAUGUACGAGUUGGAAGUUUCGCGCUUUUUAGGACUGCACAACAACCGGAAAUUCCUUCGGGACCGAGUGAAAGAAGUUCCCGGGUUGCACUACGGCAUGAAUUACCCGUUCUCCGAGUUCCAAACUGGCCGCAACUUGAGAAUGUCGCCGGUUUACCCGAAACUUCGUGAAGCAGGAGCGGUAUUCGGCCAGGUGAUGGGCUACGAGCGGCCGACUUGGUUCGACUUCGAAGCUAUGCGAGAUCAUGAAGACUUCGACUGGUCAAUGCCUUACAGGAUAGCAUACACGAACACAUUUGGAAAGCCACCUUGGUUCGAUUUUGUGGCCAGGGAAUAUGCAGCAUGCCGAGAAGGCGUUGGCAUCAGUGACUACUCGUCGUUUACCAAAGUGGAUCUUUGGUCGAAGGGAAACGAGGUUGUCGAGGCUCUUCAGUUCGUCUGCUCUAACGAUGUGGACGUUCCGGUUGGCAGUAUUAUUCAUACUGGCAUGCAGAACUCCAAGGGAGGCUACGAGAACGAUUGUUCAUUGGCAAGGCUUUCGCCCAAUCACUAUAUGAUGAUCGCCCCCACAAUCCAACAGACGCGGUGCAAAGUGUGGUUGCAAAAGCAUCUCCCGGCCACCGUGGCCAUAUCGGAUGUAACCAGCAUGUUUACAGCGCUGUGCAUUAUGGGGCCUUUCACUAGGACGCUGCUGUCUGAGCUUACAGACACCGACCUGGAUCCAAAGCACUUUCCAUUUUUCACAUACAAAAUGUUGGAUAUCGGCCUGGCUAAUGGCAUCCGCACCAUGAAUCUAACCCAUACUGGCGAGCUCGGAUAUGUCUUGUAUAUACCUAACGAGUUUGCUCUGCACGUUUACUCCAGCUUGAUAAAUGCGGGGGAAAAGUAUGAUAUUACUCAUGCGGGCCACUACGCCACCAGGGCGCUGCGAGUGGAGAAGUUUUACGCCUUUUGGGGGCAGGAUUUGGACACCACUACGACGCCUUUAGAGUGCGGUCGAGUUUGGCGUGUAAAGUUUGAUAAAAAAGUCGAUUUUAUCGGGCGCGAUGCUUUGCUAAAGCAACGGGAAGAAGGAGUAAGGAGAAUGUACAUUCAAUUGGUGCUGGAGGACCACGACAUGGAAACCGACUUGUGGCCUUGGGGUGGAGAGCCGAUUUACCGCAAUGGGCAGCAUGUAGGAAUUUGUACCACCACCGGCUACGGAUUCACUUUCAAAAAACAGGUUUGUCUGGGAUUUGUGGAAAACAUCGAUGAUAAGGGCGAACAGCACAAAGUGACGCACGAUUUCAUUAACAGUGGCCACUUUGAGGUGGACAUUGCGGGGAUCAGGUACCACGCUAAAGCUAAUAUUCAUUCGCCGAUUCUGCCCACGAAAUAUCCGGAUAAGGAGCGCGAUGUGUACCGAGCAACCCGAGGAAAGGGCGACGAGCAGCGCGAUGCUCAUCAAAUAGUGAAAGCCAUCUAAUGGCACCUUUAUUGUUGCUGAUCUGUGGAAUGUUCUCAAAAAAUGUGUGUAAAUAGAGGUAGGCGUUAAAAUAAAACAUAUUUUGCUUAAAAAA